CGUAUACAGGUAUAUCAAUUUGUCCCUGACCUUCGGAAAGUUCCUGUUCAUAUAACCACAAAGGAAAUGACUUAGUCCCGACGCGCGAUUUGUUUCGCCAGUGAUACUCCCGAUCGUCUGUGUUGUGUAGUGUCUGUUAUUUCUAGGAGAGGAUAAUAAAAGUAACUAUGUCUGACUGUGGUGAUAUGGGCGAUUGUGACUGUGGCGAUUGUGACUGUGGUGAUUGUGGUGACUGUGGCGACUGUUGCGAAUGUGGUAAAUGUGAAUGCGACAAUUGCUUUACAUGUGGUUGCUGUGACGGUUGCGGAGGUGAUGACGGAUGCUGCGGGAGUGAUUCCAAUUGCUUUAUAUGUGGUUGCUGUGACGGUUGCAGAGGUGAUGACGGGUGCUGCGGGAGUGAUUCCGUUGAUAAUAACAGUUUAGAUGGGCAUGGUGUACAUGGAAGGGGUUGCAGCUGGAGUUUCUGUUUCAUUGUAACGGAUGAUGAUUGCUGCGAUAACGGGGACAGCCGGAGGCGACGAAAUCAGAGAAGGUAUGAAUUGGAGCGGAGACGUCAGAUGGAGACACAGGGACCGAGCGUCGUUAAUACUGUCAAUGGUGCACCAGAUAGUCAGCUCCCAACAACUGACUCUGUGUUACCUUCCGAUCAGGAACCAAAUAUAGACAACAUGGAGCAACCAACAACAAUCACAACACAACCGCCAUCUUAUGAAGAGGCUACUCAGGGAGAACCUGUUGUUACGUCACAACCUGUUUCAAGUGUUUGAGCAAUAAUAAGUAGAAGAUAUUGUCUUAUAUUUUGUAAAAUACCGAAAUGAUGCAACAUUUUUUGAACUGGUAUUUGAAACAUUUUAUAUUCGUCAUACCUUAGUUUUGUGUGCCAUGUUCUUUCUUCUUUGUUUUUAUAUAAAUAUGAUCAAAUGCUGAUA